AUGCCUGAAAAAAGGAGGCUUUUUGGUCAUCUCAUCGAUCAGAGUAUUGAGGGUAAUCUCAACGUUAGUCACCGUUACACCUUUAUAAAGACUUCACUGUUACUUCUUGGCUUAUCAAAAGCAGCAACAGAAACUCUCUGCGAAGCCGAAUGGCUCGGUCCUCAGCCAAAUUCCCAGCUUCUCUCCUGCCCAGGUGGUCGGAUCAAAAUCAACAACGCUGUUUGGGGAAGAAACUUUGGCGAAACCGAUGUUUGCUGCGGCAAGAACAACAAAGUGUGCUGGAUCAAGGAGGGAACUCAGUGCACAAUGUCCGCCACUGAAAUGGUCUCGGCAAAAUGCAAUGGAGAGGCAGAAUGCAUGCUCUACGGAAAUCUCAACGGGAUCCUCGGAGACCCGUGCAAAAAGAAGGCGAAAUACUUGACCGUCGACUACGAAUGCGACUACUCGACCAAUGACUCAACAAUGUCCAUCUGCGAGGCCAACAUCGAAGGACGAACAGAUUCAUUUUCGUGUCCUGAAGGAAAAGAAGUCUUCAUUAAUUCUGCAUCAUGGGGACGAGAGAAGGAUAACUUCUGCUGCCCAAACAAACAAGAAGGUCAAUGCAAAGCUAGCUCCUGCACUCUUCUCGCUGCAAAAUGCGGUGGAGCGUCCGAUUGCUCAUGGAGCAAAGACGAUUUUGCUCUCGAAGAUCCUUGCGCUGGAACUUUCAAAUACAUGAAAGUUGACUAUGAAUGUCGAGAUCCAGCGCCACUCCAGGAGAACAAUUUCUACAACUGCACCGAUAUGGUCAAUGCUUUCUCUGCAAGAAUGGGAGAGAUCAUUGAAAAAGCUUCUGACGGCGUUGAGCACAUUUACAAGGGAUGGCACAGCCACCGAAACAUGGCCUUUCCCCGAAACAUGCUCAAAAUUGCACAGCGACUCGAGAGUUGCUGGGGAACUUGCGAGGAUAUCGUCCAAAUCACUGAUGUUCAAGAAACUCUGACCAUGGAUCCCGAGAGCAUGUCGGUUGAAGAAGCUUAUCAACAAGCACAAGCCGCCUUCGAAGCCAUCAAAUCGUGGACAACAGAGAAUGGAGCUACUGGCGCUAAUUGCGACUCAAAAGUCCGCCGAAAUAUCAAUCACAAGUUUGUUGAGAGAAAAGCCGGUCACUUCAAGCACUUGGUCUUUGGAAACAAAAAGCGCAAAGCUCAUCUUGAAGCUAACCACGGAUGGUCCCUUUAA